UUCAUUUGUAAUUCAUUGCACAAAAUCAUUUACUGCAAGUAACUCUUUUACUUGUCUAGAUGCUGGCCUGCGUCAGUUGGCCAGACUUCUUGUUUGCAACUUCAGAGCUGUGGAACACGGUUAUGGAGACGGGGACUCAAUUUUGCAGACGCUUAGGACUUUACCUAUAAUUCCUCUGGCUGACGGACGUGUGGUAGCGCUGGAUGGAGACGGGGUGUUCUUCCCAUUGGAACAAAGCAAGGAGAAGAAAAAGACAACCGAAGCCCAAACUGGACACUUGUCCGCAUUGUACGAGGAUGUCAACAUAGUUCACCCGUCUCUGAUGAGCUGCAUGGAACCUUUGGAAAGUCAGCAGGUGCGGGAGCUGCUGAGGAGACUGGGAGUUCAUCAACUUGAGCCACAAGAGCUGCUGGAGCAGCACAUCUACCCUGCAUUGCAACAUGAAAAGUGGAAGUCAAAGUCAGAGGCGGUGGUUGUGAGUUACCUGGUUUUCAUCAAGCAGCACUGCAUCUCCAGCCAAGAGUAUGCAGACAUUGCAUUACCAGUCCUCACCAACAGGGGUCUGCUUUGCCCGGAGCAGAGCGGGGUACACUUCUCUGAAGCAUACGGCAACAUGGACCUGUCAAAGACACUGCCCGGCUUCGACUGGAUCCUCCUGAGUCCCAAAUACUUGGAGGCAGACAAUGAUCUGGCAGGUUGGAGACAAUUGUUCAGCAGACUGGGUGUCAGUGAUGGUCUCAUCAUCCGAAAAGAGAGACAGACGCUCACCCCGAAAGAACUGAAUUCCAGUCCAUGGUCAGUGGAAAGCGCAAUGUGGCAACAAACUCCCGGGGAGAACUGUGUACUUGACGACUACCCAUGCGAGGAGUUUCAUGCCCUGGCCACAGCCCAGCUGACUGCCCCCUGCCUUCUGGCACAGAGAAAGGCUUUGCUAAAUCUGCUGGCGACCAACUGGAACACAGGGCAUCGCUACUCUCAGUACCUCACCGCUCAGGUGCUGGACAGAGACGCUCGGCCGAUCAGAACGACCAAGUCUUCCUUCUACCACUUCCUGUGUCGUCUCAAAUGGAUGCCAGCCUUUCGCCCACAGGAAGGCGAAAAGACAGAGAUGACGUACCUCUGUCCGAACGCAAUCUACUUGAAUGCACCCGAAAUCAACAACCUGCUUGGGACACACGUCUAUUAUGUGAACAUGGAGCCAAGCGAGUUCACCAAAUCCCUGGGAAUAAGGCAGAAUGUAUCGGUGGAGAAUCUGAUUGCCUAUCUCAAGGAGUGGUGUAUCAAACCGGCAGCAGAUAAACAAGAAUUCCCUGAUGAGGUGUCAGAGGGGGCACAUUUCACCUCCACCGUUCAGCACAUCCAUAACAUCUACUCCUACCUGCACACCAACUGCCCCCAGAGCAGCCUGAAGGAGCUCUUCCAGCAUAAUCCGGCUGUAUUCAUCCAACUGGAAAACCGCAGUAAUGACUGGUGUUCGGGACGUUUCUACCACCUGAGGGAGGUGUGCUGGAGUGACCCCACUCACAUGUUCCAGCGCUACAGAACGCUGAUCCGUGGAGCGGAGAACCCCAUGGAGGAGCCCAAAGUCUUGGCUCCUUUUUAUAGCAAAUUGGAAGGCAUGAAAGACUUCUUUGUCAGACUCCUGAAUGUGGAUGGCAGCCCCAACAUGCGGCAAUAUGUCGCCGUUUUGGAAAUCAUCGCCUCAUCAUCUCCCAUCCCGACCGCUGAAGUGCUUCAGGAUGUGUCAGUGCUCUACGCCACACUUGCUGACAAAUGUAAAAUUCAAGUCUCUGGCGAACAUGAGGAGGGUCCUCACUCCAUGCUCGAUGGCAAUUACUCCUCCACUUUGAAAGGUAUGGUGUCUGACAAGAGGGUCUUCCCCACCAAGGAUAAGAGCUGGGUGAGCCUGGCACGUAAACCCAUGAUAGCCGACAAUAAAGAGCUGGAGAAGAUCUUUAAACCUCGAAAGGAAGUCUGCCUCCUGGAUCUGCCACCAGCAGAGAAGAAAACAGCACCAAGGAAAAAUGCGGGCCUCUCUGGGAGAACGGGGCCAGGUGAAACAGCCAUCCCGGCCUUCAACGAGAAUGACAGAUUGGCAUUCAUGAACAUCUGCGGUAUCCGUCUGCUAUCUCAGUGUGUCAAGAUGGAGUCGCUCACUGAGAGCUGGAGGCCCUGUGCACCCAUGCAAGCCAUGGUGCGAUCACUGAUCCCCCAUGUCCAGAAGUUCCUCUACCACCAUGAGGAGCUGGCGGAUAUUUAUUCGGAACUGAUUGAGGAUCACAUCGCAGAAAAGAUCAAGAGGCUUAAAUUUGCACAAGUGGGAAAACUGUAUAUCCGCUACCAGCUGGAUUUGGAUGACUACGAGGACGCCGUUGUGGAGUUGACAGAUGUUAUCUGUCUGUUGAAGGAUAAGAAAGAAUUGUGCAUCCAAAAAGAUCAUCUCACAGCCAAGCUCGACAUCUCCAGGGAGCUGGUGAAAAUGUUCUGCGCAGAAAGCGGUCACAGGAAAGAGCUGAUGAAUUUCCUCAGUGGCCUGAUUACGUCCCUCGGUGACCCGGCAGCCCUGAAAAGGUUUUUAAUUAAGGAGGACAUCAGAGAGCUGCCAAGUGAGGAGGAGCAGUGGGAAGUCCCGGAGCCUCCUCGGCCAGAGGUGACCCUGGAAAAAACACCAACCAGAUGUCCCACUUCCACGAGUUCACCAUUAGCUCGCCCUGAGCAACAAGACGGAAAGACGACGUUAAUUUCCUGGCCUCCGCGAGCGCCUGUAGUCAAUACAGGAAGCCAUUACUCAGGCCAUGCCGAUGAAGCAGCAGUCGAAGCCGCUUUGAAGAUGUGGCCACCUCCUGCCCCGCCCAAGGACAGCGACCCGGAGAAGGACGUCUCCGCCAAAGGCAGCGACCGUGUUGGUCCACAGAAAUUUGACAACAGCAACACUGAGGGCGAAAAACCAUUCAAGACCACCAACAGCAGACCAGCAGACCAACCGGAACCUCAGAGAACUCCGAGCCAGUCUGAUGCCGCUGCUGCUGCUGCUGCUACGGGCACAACCAAACCUCCAGGGUGCCAUCAACCAAGCGAAACAUCGACAUCUGGCCGCACAGAGUGGGGAGAGGAGGCGAGAGAGGGAAGCCUCACUGAUGCCGAACCAGCUCCGAGUGCUCCAUCUGUGCAGCCCAUCGAGGCGGCGGGCGAGCAACCCAUUCCAGACAGCCCUGUUGUGCCACAGUCGGUGGUGCUGCCCGGCGUAUUCAAAGGUUCACAAGCGCCUACGGAGACCCAGAGACUCCUUCGGAACCUGGAUUUUCCCAUGUGGGACAAACUCCCGCAGCUCACACUUGAGGACUUGGACCUCACCUGCCAGAGACCCUCCACAGUGGUGAUGACGGACCACAAGGACUUGAAAGCCAUCGGCGAAUGGGGCGAGUUACUGGUCAACUCCUUCCUCUGCCACUGGAGGGACAGCACGGACCCGGGCCGGCCCACGCGGGUCUUCUGGUGCAAUCAGAGCGGCGAGAGCGGGCAGCCGUACGACUUCGAGCUGACCUUCGGGCCCGCGGGAGAGCAGCGCGGCGACGCGGCGGCGGAGGAGGAGGUGCUGUACGUGGAGGUGAAGUCCACCAAGAAGAGAGAGAGGUCGUUCAUCGUGCUCUCGGCCAAUGAGCUCCUCUUCGCGCUGACGAGGAAAGAACGCUACCACAUCUUCCGGGUGUACAACGCAGGGGACGCUCAGAACGUGCGCCUGUGUCGCAUUCAGAACCUGGCGCAGCAUCUUCACACCAAGAAGUUGGAAAUCUUUCUCUUCGUGUGAGGGGGGGCGGCGGGGACCUCUUAUUUUGCCUUUGAAAGUUUACUCCUAUUGCACUGAUUUCAACUUCAAAAAUUGCCUUUUAUUAUAUGUAUUUGAUGUCUUCUUUUAAUCUGCUGUGUUAUUUUAAUAAUACUGAUAAUUGUUCUCGAGAAACCACUUUUUUUUUUUAGAAAUGUAGCAGUUUUUUUAAUGUAUAACUUUAUGAGACGUCACUGGGGCACAUUGUUGUUUUAACCAAAUUCGGAUCGCACCUUUUCAAUCUGUACACCUUUUUAGAUAAAAUCAUUUCCAUGUUAC